AUGACAGAGGAGUCGGAGGAGACGGUCCUGUACAUCGAGCAUCGCUAUGUGUGCUCCGAGUGUAACCAGCUCUUCAGCUCCCUGGACGACGUGCUCCUGCACCAGAACCUGCACCUCCCCCAGCAGCACUUCGAGGUGGUGGGCGUCGUGGACCCCGGGGUGUCGGUGGCCGGCGAGGCGGCGGGCAGCUCUGGCCUGUACCAGACCCUGGUGCAGGAGAGCCAGUACCAGUGCCUGGAGUGUGGGCAGCUGCUGCUGUCCCCCGGGCAGCUCCUCGAGCACCAGGAGAUGCACCUCAAGCUGCUGAGCACCCAGGAGCCGGCCCCCCCCGAGGCGCCCCCAGCCAAGCCGCCCCCCACUAUCAGCGCCAGCACCAUCCACUAUGAGUGCGUGGACUGCAAGGCCCUCUUCGCCAGGCAGGAGCUGUGGCUGAGCCACCGCCAGACGCACCUCCGGGCCGUGGCGGCCGUGGCCGCCUCCCCCCCCCAGCCCUCGCCCCCUCCGGCCGCGGGGCCCCAGCCCGGCCAAGCCCAGGUGGCCCUGGAGCACUCCUACCGGAAGGCCGAGGAGGCCGGGGAGGCCGGCGGUGCCGCGGGGGCUCAGGGGGAGGUGGUGGCCGAGGUGGAGCUGCUCCUAUAUAAGUGCUCCGAGUGCUCCCAGCUCUUCCACCUGCCCGGGGACUUCCUGGAGCACCAGGCCACCCACUUUGGCCCUGCGGCCGCCGGCCCCGACACCUCCGGGGCCCCCGACCUGCCCCCCGCCUCCGACCACAGCUACGAGCUGCGCAACGGGGAGGGCGGCGGGGCCGGCCGGGAGCGCCGGGGGGGCCGCCGGCCACCAAGGAGGGCCGGCGGGGACCCCCCCAGCGGGGCCUCCCCCGAGCUCCUCUGUCCCACCUGCGACCAGCUUUUCCUGUCACCCCACCAGCUGCAGCAGCACCUGCGCAGCCACCGGGAGGGGCUCUUCAAGUGCCCCCUGUGUAGCCGGGCCUUCCCCAGCCCCCCCGGCCUGGACCAGCACCUGGGCGAGCACAGCGGGGAGUCCCACUUCCUGUGCGUGGACUGCGGGCUGGCCUUCAGCACGGAGGCGCUGCUCCUGGCGCACCGGCGCACCCACACCCCCAACCCGCUGCACGCCUGCCCCUGCGGCAAGACCUUCGUCAACCUCACCAAGUUCCUGUACCACCGGCGCACGCAUGGGGCGGGGGGCGUCCCCCUCCCGGCCCCGGCCCCC